AUGCCAUUGUUCAACGGCCGCAAGUGGUCCGACUAUCCGGCCUACCCGUACCGACACGACUUUGUCCACAAGCCCGCGCCGGCGGCGACCGCACCGCAGGCAGUCGGCCUGGACCAGCGUAUUCUCUACGUUUCCGGCGGCAAGAAGCUUCUGCGUAACAAGCUCUUCUUUACCGCCUUCAUCCACUACGAGGAGGACGACGACGUCCGCCGCGUGUGCACCCGCGAGGACCUGUGUGCUGCUUUCGAGCGCCUCGUCUCAAUCUUCCAGGAGCUGCACAACGCCGGCCGCAUGCUGGACGAGCUGCCCAAGCUCGAGCCGCAGCUUGCCGUCCGUCUGACGGCUCUGAAGCAGAAGCUCGCUGAGGCUCGCCUACGCGCACUCUGGGCGGCGGAGCUCUUCGGGCAGUACCUCUCCUUCCUGUCCGACUGUGAGGACGCGGGCCGCCUGCCGAAGGACCGCUGGCGUCCUUUCCCAUCGGACCCGGACGAGACACACACGACCCAGCAGACGAUGGAGGUCAUCGAUGGGCAGAUCGACGACUAUGCAUUCCGUGUCGCCGCGGCUGUCAACCGGCGUAAACACAAGGGACAGCCGGCGUACGUUGUCGAGCUCAAGGCGCAGAUAGAUGCUCUCCUCAACGACAUCCUUCGCUCCACCGGCGCCGACGCCCCCCGUCCCAAGUCGAACAAACACAUCAAGUAUGGCGCGCUCCCCGCAGGCAAGACUGCGAACCGCAGCGCAACCAUCUACGCCUAG